AUGGAGGAUUUGAUAUCAGAUCUAGUCCGCGACUGGGAGCUCCAAUACACAAUCAGACCGGGGUAUAUUGUUCAUACCAAGUACAUAUCGGAUCCCGCCAGAGGCGUACGGCGGAUGGCAAUCGAGGAAAAAUGGGAGCGAGGCGACGCCAAAGCCCUCGGCCACGGCACCUUUGGCACCGUCUGGUUUGAGCGAUGCACUUCAGGUCCCAGCGCUGGCCAAGUGCGAGCCGUAAAGCAAAUCUAUAAGAACUUUAGCCCCAUGUCCGUUUCUGCCAAGGCCCUGUCGGGGGAACUCUCUGCUAUUAUGAAGUUCUCUCACGAAUUGUAUCGGCAUUGCUUCGUUCAGUCAUUUGGGUGGUACGAUAGUCUGGAUUAUCUCUAUAUUACCAUGGAGUACCUCCCUCGUGGCGACUUGUCGAGAUAUCUGAAGAAUCCUCUUCCAGAGGCCGAGGCUAGUUUGAUAGUUCUCCAGCUCCUGGAGGGACUUGAGAUUAUGCACAGGAAUAAGUUUGCCCACCGAGAUUUGAAACCAAAUCAUGCCGGCCCAAAUUGGUGGGUUAAGAUUUCCGACUUUGGUACGACUAAGCAGAUCGAGACAACUGUCCUGCGCACAGGCGUAGGGACCGAGACAUACCAGGCGCCCGAAGUCCGUGGAAUCUUCACACCAGCUGACAUGGCGGACAAUACCGAACGGCUCUUCCCUCUUGCGGUAGACAUCUGGGCAGUCGGCGCCAUUGCGUUUAGAAUGGCCACCGGGCGCACACCAUUCGGUGCUCCGCGGGACUUGUAUGCCUAUGUUGUCCAAGGUUCCGCGUUUCCCUUCGAGGAAUCUCUCAGUGCGGAGUGCAAUGCAUUUGUUAGCAGCGCAAUGCACGCCUCACCAAAACAACGACCAAGCGCGGCAAAAGCCUUAUCUCACCCGUGGUUAAAUCUAGCUUCAUCUAUCUCAGCAGAUUUGCAUGAGGAAAUUGUGGUUCCGGUUGAAGACCUCAAUCUGGGAGCUGAAAAUUCGACUGUUGAGGCCUCGGCAGAGUGGCCAACUGCGUCAAGUGGCAUCAACGUGAAAACAGAUUCGUUCAUCAAAGCCUCGGGCACGUCUAAAUCUAACACGCCAAGAGUAAGCUUACUUGCGGACGUUUCAGCCAACACUUGGAUUGGUGUCCGCCCAGAGCCGCCGAACGAUGGAAAGCCCCCCCCUGAAGAGGGUUUUGAGUUUCAGCAGAAAAAGAUUGGCUCUUCUCCUUGCGCCACGAAUGCAAAUCAGACCUCCGAGAAACUCAGAAACCCGCGUGCCCAAGCUCUAAGGGUAGGCGAUAGACACGACGGCGCGAUAGUAUCCACCGCUUACAGCCCAGACGGGAAAACUCUCGCCGUAUGUACGAAGUACGCGAUUCACACCUAUACCAUGGGAGAAGAUGGGCAGUUCAACGACAUGGAUACCCUAAGAAAUCCUGCCUGGCAGUUCAUAGAAUGCAUGGCAGUGACUGACCGGCGAAUCGUUGCGCUGACGCGUAAACUUGGCGGCAAUCAUUCGCUUGAACUGUGGCGAAAGAGAAAGGGACACUAUGAAUCCAAACACACGCAGCCAUUGCGAGCUGACGAACUCUACUUCGAUGCUUGGGCCCUCUCGCAGGAUUCGACAACACUCGUACUGGGCUGUAAUACAACAAGCAAAUAUGAGCCUCAUAUACGUGCGUUUCACUUAUCCGCCAGAGACGAAUUGUUAUCCCUGUUGUCGACAAAGCUUGAAAAACGUGUUAAGUACAUUAUGGUCUCUCCGGAUGGGCGACAGUUUGCAGCACAUGCCGUUGACUCCAUUGGUUCCACCAUUUGGCGGUCUCCUAGCAGAACUACGUUUGAGCAAUUCCAGCAGCUAUCGGGGGAUGUGAUAAGUUUCUCGGCGGAUCACAGCCUAUUGGCUAUGAUGAGCGAGGAUGAUAAAGUAGUUCUUCUACGCAAAAACAUACUCGGGUCGUAUGAGGAGAUCCAGCAACUAUGGGGUCAGGAGCCAAACAUGGCUGCGUUCUCAUCUGACGGAACAUUCCUGGCAACAAUUCAAGCGAGACCGCGGUCUGGGGUUGCCAUAUGGGUGAAGAACGUGCGCGGAGACAAGUUUGAUGAGACAUGGAUAUUGCCUAGUCAAGGCGAUGUAGUAUCCAUUACCUUCUCACCAGACGCGCAACAACUAGUGAUCGGAUCUAUUGAGGACGCUACGAUUUGGCGUUUCUGA